UGACAUUUUAUUAAUAUUUUGGCCCUUCAUUUAUUCAACUUAGAAUGAACAAUGUCUUAAAACCUAAUCUUUUGUGUGUGGUUACUGCGCAUAUGGUUUAUUUUUAGCGCUUGUGCUUGUCCUAAAAUGUUCAAAAAUCGCCAGAAAUUUAGGGGUGGGUUGCGUGCAAUUUCAUUCAGGCAUCAAUGGGUUAAAUAGUUAUGCAUGUACAUGUAACUGAGCUAAAGACAAUUUUAGCAUACGUGUACUUUGCUCUGAGGUACAACUGGAGAUGUUCUGAUGGUAGUGCUCUGUUCCAUAGCUCGUCGCAUUUGGAAAGACUACUUUCCUGCAGUUAAUGGAAUAGUUUUCAUCAUCGACUGUGCUGAUGGAGAGAGACUUCCUGAAUCCAAAGUCGAACUAGAGAGUUUGUUGGCAGACGAACAGUUAGCAAGUUGCCCGGUGCUGCUUCUCGGUAACAAAAUCGAUAUCCCAGGGGCAGCCAGCGAGGACUACAUUAGACAAUACUUUGGCCUUUAUGGUCUUACAACAGGAAAGGGAAAUGUCGCUUCAAAAGAUCUUCAAGCCCGACCAAUGGAAUUGUAUAUGUGCAGUGUGCUAAAACGGCAAGGAUAUGGGGAAGGGUUCCGGUGGCUGGCUCAGUAUAUAUAAACUACCGUCCUUUAUUUAUGGAACAGAAAAGUGUUAGUUCAUCCAAUGUCUUCAUCUAACAAAAAUGGAAAAACACAUGCAAAAGAUGUGAACCACAAAAAAUAACCUGAAUGAGAAAAUAAGGGUUUUGUUCCCUUGACUUAAAGGAUUUAUCACAAUAUGCAUUAUUUUCCUAUAUGAUUAUGGCUCUUACCAUUUCCAAGCUAAACUGAUUGCAUAUCUGAGUCUGUAUCAUUAGGUUUAUUGUGCUUACAUUUUUUUUAGCUUAGCUUAGUAAUGGCAUCAAAAGAGCUAUAAAUUUUAAGUACAUACAAUGAUUUACAAGUAGGAAGCAAAGAAACUGUAGGGCAGUUUCUCUGUUUUUCCUGUUUAAGAUUACCCAAAUGGACAGGUCUUGAGUUCAAAUACACUGAUAAUGCACUUGAUAGCAACCCAUAGUGCCUGAAUUAAUAAAUAAUUGUUUUCCACAAUCAAGGCACUAUUCUAUAAGGAAUUAUUUAUCAAAUUACAUUUUAGUAUAUGCAGUUUGCUGUAUUGAUUUUUGCUGAGUUUUGGUAACACUAUCCUGUGAAGAACAGUAUCAGACCUCUGUUUUGUAAGUCACCCUGGUUCAACUGACUUAUCUCCAGUUUCCUGUUAUUAGAAGAAAGGUCCUUUAGUACAUCUUGCAAUUUUCUCGAAAGAGACAACUGGAGACAGGCCAGCUUGUGGUCUAUUCACAUGACAGGAGGUUUACCAUGACUACAAAAACGAAUAUUUUCACAAAAAUAGACCUACUUAAUGCAUUUAAAAUGUUGAAAUUUCAUCACCUAGGUAAAUGUUGCCCUGUUUUGUUAGGCUAGUACAGGUAGAGUUUUGGAAUGACUCUUUUAAGUUUUUUUUUGUCGUAUUCCAUAGGAAGUAAUUAAUGAAUUCACUUAUAAUAGUUUAGAAUAAUUUAACUUCAGCUCAAAACUUUUCCAGUUCCACAGCUGGUAUAAAUCAAAAACUCUUUGUUGUGCCCUAUUGGUCGCAAUUGCAGCUACUUGCCAUCUCUCAACAUCUCCUGAAGUCAUAUUAUUUUGAAAGGGUCACCACUAUAAGACAGGAAAAAGUCAUGUGGCUGCAAGUAAUGCAGUUAGGACACUUGAAACGUGAACACUUGACAUUGCUAAAUGCUUUUGUCAAUAAUUACGGAAAGUCCAGUUGCUAUGGUCUUUGAAAAAGAAAAGGAAAAAUAAAAUGUCAAGUGUUAACGCUUUGAGUGUCUUCACUGUGAUGAAAAUGGCCAUUGAUAGGGUUUGCUGGGUUUAAUGGAAGUUUGCUGUGUUUUGUGUGGAGAAGACUCCUUGACAGUCAUUAUUUGGUUCAACAUUUUUAUUGAAGAGGACAAUCACAUGAUGAUCCAAAUAACAACAGGAAAGGAGAGAUUUUUGUACAAGUGCAAAUUUAAUUUAGUAAGUUGCACUGUACAUGUGGAACUGGAAAAGUGAAGAAUAAUCGAACUCUGCUAUUUUGUGGCCUUUUGGAUCAAGAUUUACAGGAAGAUGAGAGGACUGAUGUCAGACCAAACCUACUGGUUUGGAUUUGUCCUCUUGUAAAAUUUCAUGUACAUUGACAUUAAUGUGAAAUAAUUAUUUUAUAUGUACAGUAUUAAAGAACUGAAACUAAAAGUUGCGAAUAGA